AUGUCGUACGUUUCUAUGCCUCCUUCAUACCUCGCACCGUCUCUUUACGGCCGGACUGAGAAACUCAACGAAGCGAUCAUGGUAUUGAAUAAGAAUCUGCAGAACAUGAACGUCGAGCUGGUCGCGCAGAUGUUUAAGAACUACCAGUCCAAUGUGCUUUUUCAUCUCGAAGCUACGGAGGAGUUGAAGGACCAGAGUGGAUAUAGCAUCUAUGGGAAAAAUGACCCAAAGCCGCCACCUAAGCUUUAUCCUGUCCAAGAGCCGCCGUUCAAGGGCUACAUGCCCCCUCAGCCAGAGGGCUAUGAACAGAGCCGAGAGGCAACGAGCUCCAGCGCCAUCGUGAUUGACAAUGGCUCCUACCUGGUUAAGGCAGGAUGGUCCUUUGACAAAUCCCCUCGAUUCAUCAUCCCGCCGGUCAUGGCCAAGUAUCGCGAUCGCAAGUUCAACCGGACGUGCCAUUUUGUGGGAUACGAUGCCUACGUCGACGCGACCACGCGCGGCCAGGUGCGGAAUGCUUUCGACCCUGGAUCAAGCGUCAUUGGCAACUGGGACGUCAUGGAAGGCGUGCUGGAUUAUAUAUUCCUGAAGCUGGGGGUAGACGGGGCGAAUGGCAGUGUUGAUAGGCCAAUUGUUCUAACAGAACCUAUUGCUAAUCUGGGCUACACGAGGAGAAUGAUGAAUGAGAUUCUCUUCGAAUGUUAUUCUGCCCCCGCAGUUGCCUACGGUAUUGACUCCCUCUUCUCAUACCGAUACAACCGCGGGACGGACGGGCUCGUGAUUUCCUCAUCCCACGCUUCCACGCAUGUCAUCCCCGUUCUCAAUUCUAAGGCGCUCUUGUCGAAUUCCUCACGAUUGGAGGACAGGAACCGUGUCAUCCAAUACCCAUUUACGGAACACGUUGUCGUCGAGAAGACGGAAGAAGAACUAGCCAGAAUCGCGGAGAGGAAAAAAGAAAGCGGCAGACGACUGCAAGAACAAGCUGCGAAGAUACGAUUGGAGAAGCUGAUGAAAAAGGAACAGGAGCUGGAAUAUUACAAAGACCUACAGCAAGGACUCGCGUCUGAAACCAAGAAAGAAGUAAAGCGUAUCCUAGAGGCGGAAGAUAUGAAGGAUGAAGCGCAUUUGGAACGCACGAUACGUGAUCUCGAGAGAUCCAUUAAAAAAUCUCGCAGCAAGGACCUGGGAAAUGAGGAGACUGAAGAACAAGAGGAAGCUACCUUCCCGCUGUUAGAUGUUCCUGACGAAGAGUUGGACGAGGCCGGCUUAAAAGAGAAGCGUCACCAGCGACUCAUGAAAUCGAACAUCGAAGCAAGACAACGUGCCAAGGCAGAAAAGGAAAUGGAAAAGGCCCGUUUGGCCGAGGAAGAGCGGUUGGAUAAUGAGAAGCGGGAAAACAAUUUUGACCAGUGGAUCGAAGAGCGGAGGCAGGCUCGCGAGGCCCUCCUCCAAAAACUGAAAGAAAAAGAACGCCUGAAGGCCGACCUAGGCAACCGCAAAUCACUCGCAAGCCAAAUGCGCAUGAAAACCCUCGCAAACCUCGCCUCCGACACGCCCACCAAGAAGCGCCGGCGCGGCACCGACGACGACACCUUUGGCGCCAAUGACGACGACUGGCGCGUCUACCGCACCGUCGCCACAGGACCAGACGCAGCAGGUGCCACCUCCGACGAUGACGGCAACGACGAAAUCGACAUCCCCACCCAACUCCGCGCGAUCGAACAGCAGCUCCUGGAGCACGACCCGCUCUUCACGGAAAACCACACUCUGGACGCGCAGUCGGACUGGACCAAGAGCCUGAUCCACAUGUUCCUGCGGGGUCCCUGGCCGUUUGACCCGGAGAGCACGCGCGAGGCGCACCAGCUCCAUCUCAACGUGGAGCGCAUCCGGGUUCCCGAAACCGUAUUUCAGCCGUCGGCGAUUGCGGGUCUGGAUCAGGCGGGUCUUGUGGAGAUUGCGGCGGAUAUUGUUAACCAGCAGCGAUUUUCGUCGGGUCAGGAGCGGGCGCGGCUGCUGAGGGAUGUAUUUAUUACGGGCGGCAAUUCGCUGUUCAAGGGGUUUGACGAGAGGUUUGCGACAGAGUUCCGGUCGCUGCUGCCGGUGGAGAUGGGGUCGGUCCUGAAAGUCAGGAGAGCGGGGAAUGCGGUGUUGGAUGCGUGGAAGGGUGCGGCGGAGUGGGCUAGUGGCAGUGAGUUUCAGAAUGCGUCAGUUAGUCGGCAGGAAUGGUUGGAGAAGGGAGGGGAGUAUAUUAAGGAGCACAAUUUGGGGAAUGCUUGGAAUGCGUGGACUUAA